AUGUAUGAUCCGUACACCCCAAUCAUCACUUCGCAACCAUUGGAGGAUUUCCGUCAACAUGUUAGGGAAAACCUUGUGAAAGGUGUCAAUGGAGAAGGCGAUGAAGUCGACUUUGUCCCACCGUCAGCGUUGACCAAUUAUUGGUCCCGCGACAGGGUUGACACCAUACUGGGCUGUGAACAGUCCAACAGUGAAAUGAUCGUCAGUUCCUUCUCUCAUGUCUUCUCUAUUCUAGUGUACAUUGGCCAGCCCCAAGAAAUCACCUGGUUCUGCAAACACCGCGGAUAUCUCGACGACGUCAAGCUACCUUUUUACAAUUCAUCAUUCCCACGUGCUUGUCGGUGGACCGAUAGCUUCUUGGCGACCCAGUGGAUGUUCAUUCCAUUGAUACUCACGGGUGAUAAAAUCUUCAACCGGGUCUUGCCACCUCAAACCAUCCUCCCUGUGAACUAUGUCAAGCCUCUCACAAAGCACUUUGACGGGCAGGACACAGCCACCCUUUGGGAGGUAAAAGUACAUCCAGAGGCCAACAAGGUCACAUCAGAGGCACAAAAGGGUCAGCCUGUUGUAUUCAAGAUCUUCGAAGGGUCUGACGCCGAGAAGCUUUUCAACGACGAGACAAAUGUUCAUCUGAAGCUUCGUGCCAGGCAUAAUCAUUAUAUCACAAAACACUUUGGAUCCUUUUCAUUUGAAGGGAAGCACAAAUGCAUCAUCGUCCUUGAAUAUGCGGCAGGCGGUUCUCUCCAGGACUUCCUCCAGAAGACCGAUCCACCUGUCACGCGUGAGGACAUUAUACUGCUAUGGAGUCGACUAAUAAAGCUACUUGAUGGCCUUCAUGUGCUGCACGGACUUCAUAAACCUGAUGGGCCUUCUAAUUGGUUUCUUGCAGGGAUUCAUCAGGAUAUCCAGCCCGCCAACAUCUUGGUCUUCCCACAAGGUGGCAGUGAUUCCCGUUUCGACGUCAAGUUCAAACUUACAGACUUUGGGCUGACCGAAUUCGGACGAGUGUCAUGUGUUGCUCCAGAGAGCUUUGCGAACUAUUCAGUACAGCUCGCUGUCCAGACCAAUGUUUCACCUGUCGCAGAUAUUUGGGCCAUCGGCGCUGUCUUUAGUGACGCGCUCAUCUGGUCAAUCUGUGAUGAGGGAGGUCGAGAGAAGUAUCGACUGAGAAGGCAAGCGGAAAUUGCAUCACAACCGCACUUUAAGGAACGAGGUAUAGAUGCAUGCUUUCACAACACGGAAGGGCGGUUGAAAGCCGUCGACAACUUCCAUCGCUUUGCUCUGGAUAACAGACGGAUAAGAGACAACGUGUCCGAGUAUAUGAGCAGUUUGAUUUUGGAUUUCAUGCUCGUCGAUCAAACAGAACGAUUGACCGCUAUGCAGAUCAAGACACGAGCAGACAAGUGGCUGAAAGGCAUCCAGGAUGGCCCAACAGACCGAGGUGAUUGUCCCCCGCCAAGUCAUGGGUUGACCAGGGAGCAAACAAAUGAUAUAUCAGUCCUCCCCCAAUCGCCAUCUCACCAUGGAGACGAACUCCAACAUGUAACAAGGCGACGAACCGUUCCCGCAGGGCGGAGCGACUUCUUUGCCAAGGAUUCAUUGUACACUGAUCCAGAUGCCGCUUUUGACGAGCCACCUACACCUCCCUUUCCUCAAACACAACCACCUUCACAGGUAGCCGAACAGCCCAUACGGUCAACAGGCAUAGUAACUAUCGAAAGCGUAUAUGCCCUGAUGGAGACGCCUAGUCGAAGACGUUCUGUGCUUUCGCCACUAUCACCUCGACCGGACAAGUCAACAGUCAUCAUGGAUCUGCCGGGGAUGGAAGACGCGCGUCGUAAGAUUAAGGCCUAUAAUGGACGAGAUCAGGUCAUGGUGAUAGAUGAUUACAGCUCUAUGCAACCGCACAUGGAACAGGUCAAGAAGGGGGCCAGAGUGGUCAGUUACGUGGCCAAAACAGCCGACGAUAACGGAAUGGAAGUUUAUGCUGCGUCCGAAGCCGCAAGAAAGCCACGCAUAUGCACGACGAGUACGCAGAUCGAGAAAGAGAUCGGUAAAAUGAAGACAGUUGAGGGAAAAUGCGACAUGGGCGCCUGUCUCAACCAUAUCCUCGACAAGGUCCUUAUCGAUGGCAAGAAGGUCAAGCCUACCAGCAUCUAUAUCUACACUGAUGGGGCAUGGGAGCCACGUACCAAUGUCGAACAGGCAAUCUACAGGGCCAUCGAUCACCUGAUCGAAACUGGGCAACCCACCAGUACCCUGAUGUUGCAAUUCGUUCAAUUUGGGCGCGAUGAAAACGGCACAAGGCAUCUGCGCUCCCUGGAUGAUGACUGCACAAAACAAGUGGGGUCUAAGACAUAUGAUAUUGUCGAUACGAGGCAUUGCCAUGAUCCUGUUCCUAAAAUUGUACUGGGAAGCAUUUCGGCGUCUAAUGAUUGGGAGUAG